AUGUCUCUCAACAUGAAAUCCCUCUCCCUCCUCGCCGUGGCCUCCCUCGCCUCCGCAGGCGCCACCAACACCAACCUGCAAACCACCUUCCCCACCCCCUCCGGCACCACCGCCCUCCCCGCCGUCAAGACCAUCGCGGCCGGCGGCAGCUUCGACGGCGGCAUGUACCAAUGGGACCGCUGGCCGUCGACCUGCAACCAGCAGUCCGAGGGCGGCGACAAGGACGCCGUGUUCAUCUUGGAGGACGGCGCCACGCUGAGCAACGUGGUGAUUGGUCCCAACAACGGCGAGGGCGUGCAUUGUAAGGGGAGAUGUACUUUGAACAACAUCUGGUGGACAGACGUCUGCGAAGACGCCGCGACAUUCAAGCAAACCUCCGGUACCUCCUACGUCAACGGCGGCGGCGCGCGUCACGCGAGCGACAAGGUCCUGCAGCACAACGGCGGCGGCACCGUGGCCGUCAAGAAUUUCUACGCCACCGACAUUGGCAAGCUGUACCGCUCGUGCGGCAACUGCAAGACGCAGCACCAGCGGUCGUCGACGUUUACCAAUGUCCAUGUCGAGGGCGCCAAGGUGGUCGCCGGCGUGAACGCCAACUAUGGCGACAAGACGACCAUCAAGAACUCGUGCAUCAAGGACUCGAGCGUCUGCUGGCUGUAUGAGGGAACCAGCAACAACAGCAAGGAGCCCAAGAAGAUUGGUAGUGGACCGAGCGGAACUGCUUGUGCUGUUGCGGCGCUGAAGACUUCUGGGUGCUAA